AUGUCACUGCCGACCACCAUUGAUCGUCGUAGAUGGUGGUCGUUUGGUCCCAAAAUAGGAUUGACUGCUUCGAAUUCGACCUGCAUUUUGUCAGAAGUUGCUAUGAAAUCCACGAUUUCAAGAUUGAAAGUUAGAAAACCGAAACGUUUAAGUCCAAAUUCACGAGUUCUGAAAUAUUUUCUGGUGAAACAAACACCAAAUUUGGACACAAGAGGUCGUGAAGAACCGAUACAUCCUAUUUUGGGAGAAAAUGGAGAAGAGAAUGAAAAAAAGGCGCUCGCUUUCUUUCCCAGGUCGUCCAAUCCCGAUAACCGAACCUCAGCUUGGCUUUGCGAUGGUUUGAGCCGUCUAAAGGACGUUCAAGAUUCCCUCCACGAUAUCCUUCUGCUCCCACAAACACAGGAGUUGUUGAGCCAUAAGCGUGAAUGGGUCGAGAUGAUCCUCGAAGAUUUCCUACGUUUUGUCGACGUCUACGGGAUCUUCCAAACAUCGUUUCUCUCGCUCAAAGAAGAACAACUCGCGGCGCGGGUGGCUCUAAGGAGAAAAGAUGACUCGAGGAUCGCUACGUAUUUGAAAAGUCGCAAGAAGAUGGCUAAUGAGAUAGCUAAGCUCGUGUCCGCUAUCCGAUGCAUCGGGCGAUACCCAUUCCCUGAAUCAAAAUUGGUGUCUAUUGCGGAUUCUGAGCUGACCGGUGUUAUCUGCGAAGCUAUUGACGUGACGGUUUCCGUUUCAGUGGCGCUUUUCGAUGGGAUUUCCAUGCCAUUUGCUUCUAAAAAAGGGUCUUGGAUGGGAUUGGCUUUGUCUAAGAAAGGCAACAAGGUUAGGGUUGAUGGAAGCAUCAAAGAAUUCGAACAAAUCCGGGAAGCGAACGUGUGGCGUUUGAGAAGGAAGGGAGAUGAUGAAGAAGUGAGGAUGAUAUUGAAGAAAAUGCAAGACUUGGAGAGGUGCAUUGCCGAUAUAGAAAGCGGCAGCGAAAAAGCUUUCAGGAGUCUGAUAAACACUAGGGUUUCGCUGCUCAAUACUCUCACCAAGUAG